ACUAUGGCAUCUGCAACUGGAGGACAAGUCACUAACAAAGAUCCUUUGAUCAAGACCUUUAAUAUUUAUCGCUGGAAUCCCGAUAAACCCGCAGAAAAACCUCAUUUACAACAAUAUCAAGUAGAUCUCAAUGCGUGUGGUCCUAUGGUACUAGAUGCUUUAAUAAAGAUCAAAAAUGAACAAGAUUCCACACUGACUUUUCGUCGUUCGUGCCGUGAAGGCAUUUGUGGUUCAUGUGCAAUGAAUAUCAACGGUACAAAUACUUUAGCAUGUCUUUCUAAAAUCGACCGCAAUGCAAGUAAUACGAAAAUCUAUCCAUUGCCUCACAAUCUUACACAUUUUUACAAGCAGUAUAAAUCUAUUGAGCCAUUUCUAAAAAAAAAGACUACACCGAAAGACGGAGAACGGGAACAUUAUCAAUCGAUUGCUGAUCGCAAGAAACUUGAUGGUCUUUAUGAAUGUAUUUUGUGUGCUUGCUGCUCCACUUCGUGCCCCAGUUAUUGGUGGAAUUCAGAUGAAUAUCUUGGACCAGCAGUUUUGUUGCAAGCAUAUAGAUGGAUGAUUGAUUCGAGAGACGAUUACGCCCAAGAACGUCGGGAAGCACUUCAAAAUCCAUUCUCAGUCUAUC